UCAAAUUUCCUUGCGGAAAAGACCAUAAACGCAGAACCGCUAAAAGUAGAAACACGUUUUUUGUCACAAAACAUGUACGUCAUCAUGAAUUAACACUAGCUAAGGAACAAAUAUAACGUUCUCUAAAUAUUAUGUGAUCACUCUUUCUAAAAGUGUUAAUCAAAAAACUUAUAUAUGGUUCUUUUUGUCAUCUUGAGUAUUUUUUUGUUACAAACAUACAAAUUAAAUUAUCGAAAACAAAAUAUUAUUUAUUGCACGUAUCCUCUGUAUUUUCCCAAUUUUGUAUUAGUUUUAGUGAGGAAAACGCAUUGUGACUUUUUAACUAUAAUAAGUACAACUGUUAUUCUGCUGUUACAAUAUUUCUAAGCAUAGUUAGGGAUCUGAUUACAUCAUCAUCAAAACUAUAUUUUAAUAAGUAAGAAUCUAAUAUUUUGUUUCUUUCUAUGACACUAGCUAAUAUAUUUUAAAAAAUUAACCCCAAAAUAAUAUACAUAUCAAAUGAAACCUUUCAGUCAAUGCAAAGACAUUUUCACGUAGAGAGGAAGGAUCACCUGACUUUUCCCCAUGUAUGAAUGAAUAUAACGUAAUGAAUCACGCCGUGAUUUUCUUGGAUUGAUUACCCCAUUAUGUGAAGAAAACUCAAAUUUACCAGUUUACUCCCCUCCUCUUGCAUCACAACUUUCAAGAAAAAUUUACUUCUAAUAACCAGUAGAGCUAUAAUUAACCUAAAUGAAUUUCUCAUCUGUAACACUCUAUGGUUCCUAAAUAAAAAGAACCCUACCUCUGCCAUCGAUAUUUUUUUUGAUAAACCCUAUCGGCCGAUCCGGUCGGUUUCAGGAGGAACGCACUUAAUGCUACAGAGUGAAUUGGCUACCACACUGCUUACUGCUUGAACCGAGUUUAGAAUACUUUCCGACUAAUGCUAGAAGAUAAACCGAUCAUCUAUUGCGAUCCACCAUGUAAAUCACUUGGGCCCAAGUCAAGAUUGACCAAAUAAUGAUAAUUUAGUUCCCAUAGAAAAUUGAAUCCAUAACUAAUGUUGAUAUACACCAAGUCUCAAGAGAUUAUCACUAGACUACCACCACUAGACUACCACCACUUGAUUGCCACCGAUACUUUAUGGUAUAUAAUAUUUGUAAAGGCAAAAAUUUACUCUCUGCAAGGAGGAAUUGCUGUGUAUUUACAUAUGAAAGAUCACUAUAAUUUUCUCGAACUUACAUUUCGUGCAGUUUUUUUAUUUCCAUUUAAGAAGUUUAGGACCGAAUCCCAUAAUCUUUUUAUACCAGAGACAAAAACCGAUUACUAAAUCUCUUUCUCGUAGAGACUGAGAUUCGUACCUAACAUAUUCACCCUUAGAGCAGAAGGUUUUACCAAUAGAGUUAUAGUAGCUCCGGGUUCGUGCAGUAUAUUAUCAAUGUACACACCUUAGAAUAUAAAUAUAUUUAGCUUUCUUAUAUCGGGUAUAAAAUUAUUUAUUGGAGAGAAGAUCCCACAUCGGAUAUAUGAAAGGGACCAUGAUAAGUUUCUUGGACUUCCAACUUAAAACCAAUUGGCAAUUAGUGGAUUGACCCAAGUCCCUUAUAUAUUACUCAAGUCCCUUUCAUAUAUCCGAUGUGGGAUCUUCUCUCCAAUAUUAUUAAAUCAAAGAAAACAUAUUACAGCGACGAAACUCGAAAUAAGUAGUAAUUCUCCUUUCAAACAUCUAAUUCUGAGAAUACGGACAGGUGUUUAUAAAUACUAAAUUGGAAUCUAAGUGAACCUUUGGGACGUAAGACGAGGCUUAACUCUCGUUUAAGCAUGCUCGCGGCGAAAGUGAAUAUUCCACAUUAUUAUUAUAAGACACAACUAGUAUAAUUGUAAUCAGUAUCACAUAAGACAAAUUUUGGGUCAUUAAUUAGCGUUAAGAACUAUACUAAUAUAGUAUAACUAUAUUAUAUGCGUUAAACGAAUCCCACUUAUGGCCUUUUAGAAUCUCCAUCGGCUCUUGCUAAAACUUUCGUAUCUCUAUAUAAACCAAUCCUUCUCCUUUUGUUCAAUAUAACACAAACCCACAAGCAAAAUAAUAAUAAUACAAAAUGGCUAAUGGUUUGGGUGAACCGGGAAGCUCAAUGCACGGAGUCACCGGACGAGAACAAAGCUAUGCAUUCUCGGUCCAGUCUCCUGUGGUUCCUUCGGACACAUCAGCAAUGUUUUCUCUUCCCGUGGAUACCGAACACAAAGCCAAAGUCUUCAAACUCCUCUCAUUUGCAGCUCCACACAUGAGAACUUUCCAUCUUGCAUGGAUCUCAUUCUUCACUUGCUUCAUUUCCACUUUUGCUGCUGCUCCUCUUGUCCCCAUUAUUCGAGAUAACCUUAAUCUCACCAGACAAGAUGUAGGAAACGCCGGUGUUGCCUCUGUCUCCGGAAGUAUCUUCUCUAGGCUUGUUAUGGGAGCCGUUUGCGAUCUCCUUGGGCCACGUUAUGGAUGCGCAUUCCUCGUCAUGCUCUCGGCUCCAACUGUCUUCUCAAUGUCUUUCGUUGCUGAUGCCGGCGGGUACAUAACGGUAAGAUUCAUGAUCGGGUUCUGCCUUGCCACCUUCGUGUCAUGCCAAUAUUGGAUGAGCACGAUGUUCAACGGUCAGAUCAUAGGUUUAGUGAACGGGACAGCGGCUGGGUGGGGAAAUAUGGGCGGUGGAGUCACGCAGCUGCUCAUGCCUCUGGUCUAUGAGAUCAUCCGACGGUUAGGGUCCACGUCCUUCACAGCGUGGAGGAUGGCUUUCUUCGUCCCCGGGUGGAUGCACAUCAUUAUGGGCAUCUUGGUCUUGACUCUAGGACAAGAUCUCCCUGAUGGUAAUAGAAGCACACUUGAGAAGAAAGGUGCUGUCACGAAAGACAAGUUCUCAAAGGUUUUAUGGUACGCGAUCACAAACUAUAGGACAUGGGUCUUCGUGCUACUAUAUGGAUAUUCUAUGGGAGUAGAGCUCACAACCGAUAACGUCAUCGCCGAGUACUUUUUUGACAGGUUCCAUCUCAAGCUUCACACGGCCGGUAUAAUCGCAGCAAGCUUUGGUAUGGCUAAUUUCUUUGCACGUCCUAUUGGUGGAUGGGCCUCAGACAUUUCGGCUAGAUACUUUGGCAUGAGAGGCCGUCUCUGGACCCUAUGGAUCAUUCAAACCUUAGGCGGUUGCUUCUGCGUAUUGCUAGGCCGAGCCACGACCCUCCCAACGGCGGUUUUCUCUAUGAUCCUCUUCUCUCUCGGCGCUCAAGCCGCUUGUGGAGCCACUUUCGCCAUCAUACCUUUCAUCUCACGCCGAUCCUUAGGCAUCAUCUCUGGGUUAACUGGAGCUGGAGGAAACUUCGGCUCUGGGUUGACCCAGCUUGUGUUCUUCUCGACCUCGACGUUCACCACUGAACAAGGGCUGACGUGGAUGGGGGUGAUGAUUAUGGCAUGCACAUUACCUGUCACUUUAGUGCAUUUCCCGCAAUGGGGGAGCAUGUUUUUGUCUUCCACGGGAGAUGAAGUGAAGUCGACGGAGGAAUAUUAUUACUUGAAAGAGUGGACGGAAACGGAGAAGCAAAAGGGAAUGCAUGAAGGAAGUUUAAAGUUCGCCGUCAAUAGUAGGUCGGAGCGUGGACGGUUCGUGGCUUCUGGACCUGAUCGUACCCCGGAACACGUUUGAGAGUUAUUUUGUAUUUUAAAUGUGUUAUCAAUUGCUAUUGCUCCGGAUGUGUAAGUACUUGCUCGAUAUGUUUACUUUUUAUAAGAGGAACAUGCUA